GAAUUUGUAUCAGCUGACUUUAAAUCAGCUGACAACAGCUACAGUUUUUUGCUAGAAUAUAUUUAAGCUACGUUUAACAGCCGCUGGAGCUAAAUAUUUGCAAAUUCACAUAUGAUAAAUUGCAUGUAAAUAUCUACCUUGUCGAAAAUACGUUGAAAGCUAGUUUAGCAAGCUCAUUCAAUCCUAACCAACUGCUAAACAAAGCAUUUCACGUGUUGUCGAGGUUUAAAGUAACUACUUGAUUUUUGUGCAUUAACGCGCAACUAUGGACAAGAUAGCCAAAGAUGUUGGUGAUAUUCAGUCCAGGCUAAUAGACCAUAGGCCUGUCAUACAAGGGGAGAUCCGCUACUUUGUGAGAGAAUUUGAGGAGAAACGUGGAUUUAGAGAGAGCCGUUUGCUGGACAACCUGAACAAAAUGGUAGUGGAGACCAACGAGCAGAUGUUGCCCAAGUGUUCAGAACACAUGCAUCAACACCUCUUUGAGGCGCUCACCCGACUGGAGGCUGCGAAUCACAUGUCACAAAGGAUCCARCAGAGGGCGCUAGAAGCACAGCAGAGCACCCAGCUGCAGGUGACCAUAGACAGACGGAAGGAAGACUGGGAUGAGUUUCUGAAGGAGCAGCAGCGUCUGAAGGAGGAGGUGGACGAGGAGCACGCCAAGGCUGUYGGACGUCUCAGCGUCAUGUACAGCGAGAUGAAGAAGGAUUUGGCCAAGUUCCCCCGCUUCUGAUCCUUUGUGUGUACGUCCACGUGUGUCUGUACCACAGGAGGUUGGUGGAACCUUAACUGGUGCGGACGGGCCCGUAGUACUGGCUGGAGCGGUAUAGGUGGAAUGGUAUCAAAUACAUGUUUGAUUCCAUUCGCUCCRUUCCGGCCAUUAUUAUGAGCUGUCCUCCCCUCAGCAGCCUCCUGUGGUCUGUAUGCUUGUGUGAAAUUAAGCUAUUGCCUUUGGUUGAUGCGGUACAUAGUUAUUGGCACUAACAGAGGAUUUCUGAGCACUAGUGCUGCACAAAAGUCCACAUUUUCCAGGUCACAAAUAACAAAGUGUGAUUAACAACGUGGCAUUUUCACAGGCCAUCAAAAUCAACAUUUUCAGUCCUAAGCAUAUGGAAAAUGUCAUUUUUAAACUAGCAAUAACAUGAUUUUUCCUUGGCUGUGAAGCUUUUAACAUGAGAUUUUUUAUGGAAUCAUACUUUGAGGUGUGGAUAGAUGUGUUUACCUUUAGCUGAAUAAGAAAAUAAACUGGGAUUUGGCACUGAGGUGAGAUAUUUAAAGCUACGUGCGAGUGAAAAUGUUUCAUGUCAGAAGCGCUACUCAAAGCUGGGUUGUCAAAGCUGGGUCAACAUCUCAAACUUUACUCACUAAGCAGUUUCCCCAACUAGGCAUCCCUCACMAACUCUUCAGAAUAGAGUACAGUCAACCUCUGACAUCAAGUACAACAAUCAACCUCUCAAAAGACAUGAAUCAAAAAUGGCUUCACUGAAGCUAGCUCAAUUUGUCAAUUGCUGACAUUAUUUAGUGGUGUUUCCCCAGGCCUGUUAUGUACCCUUGUUAAAUAGAGAGGUAGCGACUUCUAGCGCUUUGAAGUUUUAUUUGUCUUAUGUACGAAAUACACAUUGUAUACAUUGUCCAAUGAAUGCUUACUUGCAGGUUCCUACUCGACAAUGCAAGUGUUGUGUUUAGAGAAAGUAUUUUCACUGGACAAUGGCAGGCUGUUUAGACUGAUGGAGGGAUGGACACCCUGACACAUUCCUGACCUCCUGGGAAUAGGAUAUAUCUCUGUUGGGAAGUGACAGAAUAAGUAUUUAAAAUGGCUCUCAACACAGAAUGGACCCCUUACUCAAAACUCCAUUGUUGUGUGGGGGUACACUGACCUCAUAAAUCAGUAUAAGUCAAAUAAAGCGUUGCUGUACUCGG